CGCCUACACAAUAAAAAACCCCAAAAUAAAAGAUCAAUGCUUUUAUGAAGGUUUUCUCCACAGCUACCACCAUUUGACUUCAUAGAAUGUGAACUCUGCAACUCUUUCUUCCCAUUUUAACUAUUUCUAAGAUCUUUGUAGUGGGGAGUUUGGUUCAGAGUUUUGUCAUAUACCAUUAUUUGUUUGAGUUCUCAGAAACAAAAAUUUAUCAAGAUUGUGCCUUUUCUAAACUGAUCAGCCUUUUGAGGUAGUAGUUGAGGGUUGUCAAGAUUGUUGUGGGCUAUUUUGGGGGUUUAGUUUAGGCAAGUGGCACACUGGUUCAAGCUUACAAAUCAGGGUUAGGGUUUCAAAUAUGGUGCUUAAGAGUUAAAAAGAUCUGAUUUUGGGUUAUUAUUUAAAAGAUGGGUAGCAAUGAUCACUGCUUUGUGGAAUGGAAGGAGCAAUUUGUUUCGAAAGAGAGGGGGCACCGUGUGGUUCAUUAUUUCUUGAAGGAUAUAUCAGGGGAAUCUAUUCUUGCUGUUGUGGGAACUGAAAGAAGUGUUAGGCAUAUGUUCUAUGUCGUAUCCGAAGAGUUUUUGAAAGCUUCUGACUCGGGUGAGGAUUCUGUCUAUGCUGGUUUCAGAUGGAGGUCGAGGAGAGAAGUCGUGAAUUGGCUCACAUCUAUGCUAUCAAAACAGCACUUACAAAGUGAUUUUUCAAAAUCACCAAAAGAUGAUCAUAUGUCUCCAUUCAGUGAUGUGGCAAGUAACAAGGGUUCUAUAACAAGAAACUUAAGAGUUCAUUCUUCCGACAUAGUUUGGUCAGGUGAACCAUGGGUAUGUAGUAAACAGCUCAAACACUACCCAAUAUUUUGCCGGAAUGGGAUCACAAUUGCAGUACAUGCAUUUGUCUUUGUAAUGGCUGAAAAGGAAAAUCAUUACCUUGCCUAUCUUGAAGAUAUGUACGAGGAUCGGAAGGGCCAGAAAAAGGUCAAAGUGAGAUGGUUCCACUUUAAUAGGGAAGUCAGAGGGGUUGUCUCUUUAAGAAACCCUCACCCUAGAGAGGUUUUCAUCACUCCUUAUGCUCAGGUCAUUAGCGCAGAGUGUGUAGAUGGUCCCGCCAUUGUCUUAACUCGGGAACAUUAUGAGAAAUGUGUAGCUGUUUUCCCAAAUGACUUGCUAACCAGAGUACAUUUUUGCUUCAGACAAUUCAAGGGCAACAGAGUAAAACCUUUUGAAUUAGGUAAAUUGCGCGGCUACCUUGAACAAUCAAUUUUCUCAUGUUUCAGUCCAGAUUUCUUUGAAGACGAGGAAUUUAGUGCUAAGGAUGAUGUAAUAAAAGUUGGAGCUAAAAGGGCAAGAAAGAAAUAUAAGGAGCAUCAGAAUAUGACAACAUAUGAGGAGUCCUACAAGAAGGUUAAAAAUGGGUUUUUAAGUAGGAGAUUUAACUCCAAUAAGCAUGUUGGAGCCGAUCUCUGGUAUACUCCUAAGUUUAUGGUUAAUGAGAAGAUAGAAUGUCUGAGCCAAGAUAGUGGGAUCCGAGGCUGCUGGUUCAGAUGCACGGUUAUGGAAAUAUCCCGCAGACAGAUGAAGAUAAGGUAUGAUGAUAUUAAGGAUGAAGAUGGAUGCGGAAACCUUGAGGAAUGGAUUCCCACAUUUAGACUAGCCAGGCCUGAUAAACUUGGAAUGAGAAACUCAAACCGUCCAACAAUCAGGCCUUCCCGUUUUUGUGACCUGGGAGAUCUUGCCUUCGAUGUGGGAGCACCUGUUGAUGCUUGGUGGAGUGAUGGUUGGUGGGAAGGCAUAAUUGUUGACACAGACAAAUCGGGAAAUGAAAUCUAUCGAGUUUAUGUUCCCGGUGAGAGGAUGUUCUUGAGUAUAGAUAGAAAGAAUCUAAGAAUCUCAAGGGAUUGGGUGGGAGAUCGAUGGGUAGAUAUUGAGACAAAUAGGGAUAUUCUUUCAAUAAUCUCUUUGAUCCAAGAAACCAAGGUUUCUCAUAAAAUUCAUGCAAGUAGUGUGGAUGAAGAAGCCGCCCCAAGACCAAGUGAUGACCAUUCAAAAGAUUUGAUGUGUGUCAACGAUGAUAAUCAAGAAGAUGACAUUGCAGAAAAUAGACUAACUGAUAACUCCACUAGAGGUGAGAAGCACGCAACUGAAAAUAAAGUCAAUGAGAAUGAUUGUAAUAACAGCAGCAGCAGCAGCGACAAGCAUGACCUUAGCGAUGAUAAUGAUUCUUACAACACGGACAUUGACAACGAAAUUAACAAGGACAGCAAUGGCGAAAGAUCAUCAGAACCUGAGGUUGAUGGGAAAAAAUGCGAAACAGAAGUAGCGGAUAUGGUGGCGUGAUGUAUUAUUACCUGCUGAAACAGAUGCCACUUUGUUUCAAGUGUACCUGAUGCUGUUUAAUUGUACAUAGAGAUGGAGAUCGAAUGAGGUUUGCUCGUAAUGUUAGGAAUUGAGGUGUCUUAGGUGUACAGCUUGUCUUUAGUUUUCCGUAACUUUGUUAGAAUCUGGAGGUUAGAAUCUGGAGAUGCUCUUAGAAACUCUCUAAUGACUAGUAUCUUCAAUGAUUAGUCGAAUUAUGUUGCAAGUGUGUUGCACACGAUGUAAUACACACUGACAUACUGUGAACCUUGCAUGUUGGAAAUGCAAUGUUUUAAGGUAAAAUCAUUGUUGACAA